AUGGAAAUUGAGGAUGAAGAAGCGAAAGAACAAUUACAUUUUUUGCGUGUUGUCUUUGCUUUCAAAUGCUACAAAUCCUACUCCAUGAAACAAAUCAAGCAAACAGAAGAUUCAUAUAAAAAACUACCUGACCACCACAAACUGCUCCUGCCUAAUUUUUUAAAAAACCUUAACACUGUUACAGAGUGCAUAGACAAGAAUUAUGUGGUCAUCAAGGAAAUAAUAUCAAGUACUGAGAAUAUGUUUGAAAAUAAGAAAGAUGUCUAUUCAACUAAUUACCUUACGAAGCAGCUGGGAAUAACCCAUUUUGACAUGGACAAGGUGAAGAGCACAUUGAAACAGUUCAUGAGAGAUUGGAGUAGUGACGGGCAAGCAGAACGAGAUGCGUGCUACAAACCUGUCAUCGACGAAAUUGUUCACAUAUACUCUGAUUGCAGUGAUCUAGGCAAAGUAGAGAUAUUGGUGCCAGGAGCAGGAAUGGGUCGACUUUCAUUUGAGCUUGCGAGGUUGGGGUUUGCAUGUCAGGGAAAUGAAUUCAGCCUCUUCAUGCUCUUUGCAUCAAAUUUCGUUCUCAACAAAUGCAAGGAGUUGAAUGCAUUCACCAUCUAUCCUUGGGUCCACCAGACAAGUAACAACAUGAGGACAUGUGAUCAAGUUCUCCCCGUCACGUUCCCCGACAUCAACCCGAGUGACUUCCCUGACAAUCCAAAGUUUUCCAUGGUUGCUGGCGAUUUUCUGGAGGUUUACACAGAUCCUGAUUCAUGGGACUGCAUUGCAACAGUAUUCUUCCUGGACACGGCUCCCAACGUCAUAACUUACAUCGAAUCCAUCUGCAAAAUUCUUAAACCAGGGGGAUACUGGAUCAAUUUCGGUCCCUUACUCUACCACUUCGCUGACAUGGCAAAUGAGAAUUCAAUAGAAUUGAGUUACGAUCAAGUCAAACAUGUUAUUGAACAGUUUAAAUUCGAAAUCAUCAAAGAACGAGUCAAUCAGCCAAGUACUUACAACCAGAAUGCUCACUCCAUGCUAACCUAUCAAUACAAUUCUGUCUUUUUUGUUGCUAGGAAGCCAUUAUGA